UUUUCAUGAACAAGAAAUGGCCAAAACAGAAACUCCGCCUCUUCAGAUGCAUGGGAGGAAAAAAAAAUCAGCUAUGAUGAAGUCUUCAGCUUCGUCAUGAUAAGACAGCAGCAGUGUUUGUAAUCAACACCCAACUGACCCACGCCUCAAGGACCAGGAUGCUGAGGCGUCGUCUCACUUUAAUUCUUGUCAGUGUUCUUGGAGCUUCUCUGCUGGUUGAUGGCGCUAAUAUACGACUCGCUGGUGGCAGUCACUCCUGCGCUGGUAGAGUGGAAAUCUAUCAUAAUAACCAGUGGGGAACAGUGUGUGAUGAUGACUGGGACAUAAAUGAUACGCAGGUGGUGUGUAGACAGCUUGGAUGUGGUAAUGCUGUCAGUGCUCAUCAAAGUGCCCACUUUGGUCGUGGAAGUGGUCCAAUAUGGCUGGAUGAUGUUCAGUGUUCUGGAAGUGAAAGCACCAUCACACAGUGCUCUCAUAAUGGAUUUGGUAUACACAACUGCGACCAUGGUGAAGAUGCUGGAGUUACUUGCUCAGGUCGUAAUCAGGUCAGACUGGUGAAUGGUCCGAGUAACUGUUGUGGUCGAGUGGAGAUCCUGCACAAAGCCCAGUGGGGAACAGUGUGUGAUGAUUAUUGGGACUUAAAGGAUGCAGAGGUGGUGUGUAGACAGCUUGGAUGUGGUAAAGCUGUCAGUGCUCCUCCUAAUGCCCGCUUUGGUCAGGGAAGUGAACCAACCUGGCUGGAUGAUGUUCAGUGUACUGGAACUGAGAGUGCUUUAGAUCAGUGCUCACACAGAGGAUUUGAAGUAGAGAACUGUGGACAUGGAAAAGAUGCUGGAGUCGUGUGCUCAAACAUGAAGACUCCCACACUGACUCAGAUCUCCCCAACCUCUGUGGUCUCACCUGGAGAAGUCCUUCAGUUCAGAUGUUCCACACCCAGCCCAACAUGCAUCUCUGUAGACUUCAGUUUGUAUAAAACUGGAACAUCAAUAAAGAAGCAAACUGCAGAGACUACAACAACAUUUAAACUGACUGUAGAUGCCUCACAUCAGGGCCAGUACACCUGUGACUACUCAUACAGGGAAAAUGCCUCCACAUCAUCCAGGAGCAACUCCAUUACCAUCACUGUUGUUAACCUGCAGCAGCCCAAUAUCUUCUUCAGUGCUGGUGGUGGACCAGAAGUAACAAGAGGCUACGGCUUCUCCAUCAUCUGCUCCACUGAACCUCAGUAUCCAGGAGGUUCCUUCCACUUGAAGUUCAGUGGAUCCAACAUCAUCAGAACUCAGUCGGCUGUUAACCACACAGCCGUCUUCCUGUUUCCUGAGGCAGAUUUUGUCCAUCAGGGAAACUACAGCUGUGCUUAUGAAGUUAACGUGUCUUCACGCACCUUUACCUCCACUACCACUGAGCUGCUGGAAAUCACUGUGAAAGCAUCUCUGGCUCUAUACAUUGGUGUUGGAGUGACAGCAGGACUGCUUCUCAUCUUAGUUACAGUCAUCAUUUGCUUUGUGAAGACACAGAAAAGACGGAAAUAUCAGAUGGAUAAGACAAAGGAUUCACAGCGUGCCAAAAACACACAUGAGAGUCCCCAAGGAGAGAUUGAGACAGAUGACGAAGCUGAUUAUGAAAACGCAGAAACCAUUUUCCACCAGAAGGAGGACUCAGAGGACUCGGAUAAUGAUUACAUUAAUGUUGAUGCUGAUGAACAAAGAAGUGAUGUGGACAAUGACUAUGAAGAUGUAGAUAUUUAUGCAAACCAUGUAGCAUAGAGUGAAAAAAAACAAUUAACAAAUAUCCACAGUGCACAAACAAUAACAUGGUUAAAUUGGAUCAUUUUCCAUUGUUAAGAUAUAACCACUGUUAAUUAGAGAUGGUUUAAUUAACAUGGACUUCAGA